AUGAGAAUACACACAGAUGUGAAACCUCAUAAUUGUAAUAUAUGUGGUAAACUGUUUAGUCAGCAUGGUAAUUUACAAAGGCACAUGAGAACACAUACAGGUGAUAAACCGUAUAACUGUGAAUUAUGUAGUAAACGGUUUAGUCAUCAUGGUGUAAUACAGAGACAUAUGAGAAUACAUACAGGUGGCAAACCUUAUGACUGUGAUGUAUGUGGUAAAGGGUUUAGUCAGCAUAGUGAUUUACAAAGACACAUAAAAACACAUACAGGUGACAAACCUUAUGACUGUGAUGUAUGUGGUAAAAGGUUUAGUCUGCUUGGAAAUUAA